UGCGGCGGCGGAGGGUCUGGGUCUCUCCGCUGGCGUUGCGGAGCCAGCCCUCAGGAAGCAGGCGCCCAACUCCCCGGGAGCCUUGGCUUUGCCCCUCCAAAGUUUCCCAAAGGUGAGUCAGGGAUGCCAACACCUGCCAGAAGGAAGGAGGCUCACUGGAGCCGGCGAGGAGCAGCUGGCCUUGCCCUGGUCCCUGGCCGGUGAGGAGGCGGGGGCCCCUCGGGAGGACUUGGCUCGCUUGCCCUGAACUCCGCUUCGGGCCCGCCUUCGGGUCUCUUCUUCCUCUCUUCUUCUUUCGUUGGGAGUCACGGGUUUGGAGCACGUGUGAAGGAGCGGCAUGGCAGAGGACUUGCCCUGAGGAGGGAAGCAGGAAGCUCUUCUUGGUGUUUGGUUGAACAACCAUAGCCAUUCUGGAGAUGGACUUGCUUUACAGGACCUACUUUUUGGCAGUCUUAUUAGCCUGCGUCGUGUUCCAGUCUGGUGCUCAGGAGAAAAAUUACACAGUUCGGGAGGAGCUGCCAGAAAAUGUCCUAAUUGGCAAUUUGCUUAAGGAUCUCAACUUGACCCUGGAUCCUGAUGUGCCCCUUUCAUCACCUCUUCAGUUCAAGCUUGUGUACAAGACUGGAGAUGUUCCACUUGUCCGUGUGGAGGAAAAUACAGGAGAAAUAUUCACCACUGCCAACCGUAUUGACAGAGAGAAACUUUGUUCUGGCAUUUUUAGUGAGAACCGUUGUUUUUAUGAAGUGGAAGUUGCUGUCUUGCCUGAUGAAGUUUUCAGACUAGUUAAGAUUAGGUUCCUGAUUGAGGAUAUAAAUGACAAUGCCCCUCUUUUUCCAUCAACGGUCAUUAAUAUCUCCAUCCCUGAGAACACAGCCAUCAAUUCCCGCUAUUCUGUCCCAUCUGCUGUUGAUCCUGACAUCGGAGUAAAUGGCAUCCAGCACUAUGAACUCCUUAAGCCUAAAACAGCUCCAAAAAGGACCUUUGGAUCCAUUACUAAUGAACAGGGUCAGAAUGUAUUUGGACUUGAUAUAAUUGAAACACCUGAGGGGGACAAGUGGCCCCAAUUGAUAGCACAACAGGUCCUUGACAGGGAACAGAAGGACACCUAUGUGAUGAAGAUUAAAGUGGAAGAUGGUGGAAACCCUCCACGAUCUAGCACUGCCAUUCUCCAAGUGACAGUGACUGAUGUGAAUGACAACCGGCCAGUGUUUAAGGAUAAUGAUAUUGAAGUCAGCGUACCUGAAAAUGCCCCUGUGGGCACCUCUGUUUCUCAGCUUCAUGCCACUGAUGCCGACCUGGGUUCAAAUGCUCAAAUCCAUUUCUAUUUUAGUAGCCAAAUUACCAACCUUGCCAAAAGGUUGUUCACCAUUGAUAACGCCACUGGUCUCAUCACCAUCAAGGAACUGCUGGACCGGGAGGAGUCCCCAGUACACAAGUUAACUGUCUUGGCAAGUGAUGGCAGCUCAACACCCUCAAGGGCAACUGUCACAGUGAAUGUCACAGAUAUUAAUGACAACAUUCCAUCAAUAGACACUAGGUACAUUAUAAAUCCUGUGAAUGGGACUGUUCUUUUGUCAGAGAAAGCACCACUCAAUACUAAAAUUGCCCUGAUUACUGUAAUGGAUAAAGAUGCUGACCUUAAUGGUAAAGUUACAUGCUUCACAGAUCAUGAUGUGCCAUUCAGGUUAAAGCCUGUAUUUGAUAACCAAUUUCUACUGGAGACAGCAACAUUCCUGGACUAUGAGACCACAAGGGAAUAUGCUAUUAAAAUUGUGGCUUCUGAUUCAGGAAAACCACCCUUGAACCAAUCUGCAAUGCUCCUCAUUAAAAUUAAGGAUGAGAAUGACAAUGCCCCAGUGUUCACGCAGCCCAUUAUUGGACUUUCUAUCCCCGAGAAUAAUGCCCCUGGCACACAACUGACCAAGAUAAGUGCUACAGAUGCUGACAGUGGCCGCAAUGCUGAGAUUAGCUACAUGCUGGGCUUGGAUGCACCUCCCAUUUUCAAUCUGGACCGCCGUACAGGAAUUCUGACUGCGGUACGGAAGCUGGACAGGGAAAAGCAGGAUAGAUAUUCAUUUACUGUGCUAGCUAAAGAUAAUGGCAUGCCACCCUUGCAGACCAAUGCUACAGUGACAGUUUCAGUCUUGGACCAAAAUGAUAAUAGCCCUGCUUUCACACACAAUGAGUAUAAUUUCUAUGUGCCAGAAAAUCUACCCAUGUAUGGCACUGUUGGGCUCAUCACUGUGACAGAUGCAGACUCUGGAGAGAAUGCAGCAGUGACUUUAUCUAUAUUAAAUGGAAAAGAUAAUUUUAUUAUUGAUCCCCUCACUGGAGUCAUAAGACCCAAUAUAACCUUUGACAGGGAGCAGCAAGGGUCUUAUACUUUUCAGGUGAAGGCUGUGGAUGGAGGAAGGCUACAACGCUCAUCAACUGCCAAAGUGACUAUCAAUGUAGUUGAUGUGAAUGACAACAGACCUGUAUUUAUCAUGCCUUCAUCUAACUACUCAUAUGACUUGGUUCCAAUGUCCACCAGCCCAGGAUCUGUAGUCACAAAGGUUUUUGCUGUUGACAAUGACACAGGAAUGAAUGCAGAGCUUCGCUACAGUAUUAUAGGUGGGAAUUCAAGGGGAUUGUUUAUGAUUGAUCAGUUAACAGGCAAUGUUUCUUUGAAAGAAAAGGUCAUAUCAGCAGAUCAUGGAUUACACAGACUAGUUAUCAAAGUCAAUGAUUUAGGGCAGCCUGAGUCAUUAUAUACUAUAGCACUGGUGCAUUUAUUUGUGAAUGAAACAGUCACCAAUGGAUCAUAUGUCCAAGAGCUAGUGCGGCGAAACAUGGAAACACCAGUUGGCCAAAAUGUUGGGGAUGGUGAGAUAACCCCACAGACCAAUGACUAUGUGAAGAUAAUCAUUGCCAUCAUUGCAGGCACCAUGACAGUAAUACUGGUGAUCUUUGUUACUGCUCUAGUAAGAUGCCGCCAAACACCCAGGCACAAAGUUGUCCAGAAAAGUAAACAGAGUGGUGAAUGGGUGUCUCCAAACCAAGAAAACCGGCAGAUUAAGAAAAAGAAGAAGAAGAAGAAGCGUUCUCCAAAAAGCCUUCUUCUCAACUUUGUGACAAUUGAAGAAUCUAAGCCCGAUGAUCGUGGUCAUGAACACAUCAACGGCACUUUGGACAUUCCUGUAGAGCUAGAGGAACAGACUAUGGGAAAAUAUAACUGGGCCACCACACCAACCACCUUUAAGCCUGACAGUCCAGAUUUAGCAAAGCACUACAAGUCUGCCUCCCCACAGCCCACUUUUCAAAUUAAACCUGAAACUCCAGUGCCACCGAAGAAGCACCAUGUCAUUCAGGAACUGCCUCUGGACAACACCUUUGUGGUGGGGUGUGAUUCGCUCUCCAAGUGUUCCUCCAGUAGCUCGGACCCUUACAGUGUCUCUGAAUGCAGCUGCCAAGGAGGAUUCAAAACCCCAGGCCCCAUCCACACCAGACAGCUCUGAACGUCUUCGCAUCAGCUGUUAAGUACUGCAGUCGUAUACAAUGAUGUUAAGCCAGCAAACAUGGAAAUAUGGGAAUAGCACGAGAAAGCCCUUUGUCCUCUCUCCCUGAUUGCUGAAGAAUUUUAUCGUCUGAUCUCCAGAGGGGUUUUCGAAGUGGCGCUGAACUGUUCAAGCUGCCCUACUGAAAGGUAUUCAGGGCAAGAACAUUAAGAAUUGAAAGGAAAGAAAAGACAAGACAAGACAAAGAGAGACUUUAGAACAUUCUGCUAUAGUUGCUUUAUAAUGUAGUUUUUGCAAAGACAAAGGAAGUGAUAUUAAUCAUCAUUCCGUGUGAAUGGUGGUAACUAUAAGCUAAACCUUUUAUUUUAUUUUAUUUUGCUUGUCUCCACUUUGUUGUUUAUGGACUCAUUCCCUUAAUUUAUUUAUGUUGAAAAUAUACUUUAUAUCUUUCACCAAUUCCUUUUGCAUACUGAAAGAAAAGAGCAAUAAUUUUUAUGCAUAUACAUUUUAAAAGACCAAGGUAAAGUUCUUUAUACUCCCUACAUUUCUCAUUAAUCUGUGUUGUCUCAUGCACUGCACAAUAAAAAGUUGUUGUUGCUUUGAGGUAUUUUGUAAGAAAGGCAGUGGUUUGGAUCUAGAUUUAGACCUGAUGAAAUUGCUGAGAAUUCAGCAGUGACUAAUUGAAGUCAUGAUUAUUUCUGUGUUUUCACUCUGGAUAGAACUAAUGCCAUUAUGGGGGAUGGAUGGAUGGAUGGACAGACAGACAGAUAAUAGUUCACACAUCUGUCAAGUCAGUGUUCUUUAUGGUGUGGUGGCAGAACAUCUGUUCACCCUUUCCACUACUGCCACAUGUUUAAUGUAAGAUGAUACAGAGGAGCUCCAUGUAGAGGCCAAUAUAUGCAGAGGGCUGGUUCCUAUCAUGAUUCACACACAUAGAGUAGUGCGGACAAUGUAAACCAUGCUCCUUCUAGAAACACUAACAUCACAUGUCAUGCCAUGAGUUAGGAGGUGGCGUGUUCCCUUUUCUCCCUGAUAGAAAUCUCCAGCUAUAGUCUUAAACACAUUGGCUAGAAACAGUAGUCUGAAUACUUCAUUGAAAAUAAUGUAACACAACGCCAGGUAAAUAUAGGAUUGUUCUGAGUGUAUAUAAAUUAUCCUGAAAGAGAGAAUCCAGCUCCAAUUUUCAUCUCCUUAUGUAUGUAUUUGCCGACACAUCUCUCAAUCCCUCUCAUUUGCUUACAAGCUAUUACUUACCGUAUAUACUUGACUAUAAGUUGACCUCAUGUAUAAAUUGGGAGCCGGUUGUGGGGCAAAAAUGGUGGAUAUUGAUAUAACCCAUGUAUAAGUCAAGGGUAAACCUUAGGGGCAUGUAACAAAGGAUGUAAAGGAUGAAGGAAGGGAAAGUGAUGUCAAAGCAUGCUGUUAUUUGUCCACCCAGACAUUCAAAAGGUUCAGAAGCAGCACCACACUGGAGGCAGUAGAGCUUUUGUGGUGCUUUUAUAGGUUCUUCUGGGAUGGACUAAACUCUCACCUCUUGCCACUAUACUCAGAGAAGGAGAUGGUUCUUCUUCUUCUUU